AUGACGACUGUGGUGACGACUCGCCGGCCGCUAUGGAUUAUUAACACGAGCAACCAGGCGGAGCAACGGACGAGCAAGCGCGCCGCCGAUGGGUUGCACGAUGAGCCCACGAUGCAGGGAAUGUUAGGCGCCGGCGGCCCAACAACAGCCAUCGCCGAUUACGAACGGGAUGAUGAUUUCCGGUUUGUGAGGAAGUCGAAGAUGGUGAAGACGCAAAGGCGCGAGGGGCCGGCACCAGAACCUCCAAAGACGUCGGGGCGGGGAAGGGCCGCAAAGGAACACGUUGCCCAGGAUCUAGCACCUGUAGACCAGGGCACGAAGGAGACAACGGCGACGGUAGCGACUACGGAACCUGUGAUAACCAAGGCAACGAGGAAGUCUUCAAGGCAGAAACCGAGCGUCGACGCGUCGAUGGAGAAACCGCCACUCAAGCCGGGGGAAGAGACAACGCCGCAGACAAAUAGCACGUCAAUAAAGCGCGGGCGCAAUGCAGGAGAAGCGCCGAAACGCCCCGUGCCAAAUUGGGAUGAAUCACCUCCGCCGCGUGUAGUGCCCUCCAAGAUUGCGCUCCCGAUGAGCGACACGCCGGUGAUCAAUCGGAACAAGGAGAUGCGCAUGAGGAAUGGUGGGAGCCGACGAAGCAGUUUGGGAAUGAGGGGGAGACGGGCGAGUUCUCUCAUCGACGGCGGACAAUCGGCAAUUCCACAUCGCGAGGUCAAUCCGGCUGAUUUCUUCAAGCACAUCGAAGCUUCGUUGUUGGAGCCGCGAAGAAUGAAGCAGCUUCUGACCUGGUGUGGCGAGCGCUCUCUGUCAGAAAAGCCCCCUCAUGGGACGCCUAAUGCUCAUGCGAUUCUCGGCGCUCGUGCAAUUCAAGAUCACCUACUCAAAAAUUUUGCGGCUCGAUCAGAGUUCUCGGAUUGGUUUAGCAGAGAUGACAGUGUACCCAAGGCGCCUGUGAUCCCGAAACCAAAUCCGAGAAAUAUUGAGCUCGACGAGAAGCUAGCACAGUUGGAGAUCAACAUCAAGAGGCUACGAGAUGAAAAGAAGGCUUGGCAAGCAAUACGUAAACCACCACCUAGACCACCACUUGAACAACCGCCUCUAUUUGAUGAGAGCGAAACAGGUCGGAUUGAAUUGCCGGACUUCGAUCUGUUAGAUCCAGAAGAAGGGCAGAUCAGAGGCUAUUUGGCGGACGAGACGACCUCCUUUGAGGCUACUCGAUCCCAAACAGAAUCACGGCUACGCAACAUCCAGUCUUCGCUCGAAUUCCAGGUCGAUCAGCUCGCCAACAACAUCCAUACGCUCGAACAACGGGUUCUCGUCGCGGGAAAGGAGGCGGGCAAGGUCCUCAGCAUCAGCGCCCUCCAGCUCCGCCAGCGGGAGAAGUGUGAAAAGGCCAAGGCGGGAACUCAGGAAAUGCCCGUCAUGGAGGUGCUCAGGAGUCUGGGCAGCAUUCAUCCGGAAGGCAGAGGGCGAAGAGAGAACCAAAAACUCAAAGCAAAGGAAGCAACGAAAAGUGAAUCGAAUGGUUAUGCACUGCGAAAUUGA